CUGCGGCUGUGGGCCUGGCUCUCUGUCGCCUGCGCUCGUGCCUCGGGAUUCUCCUCCGCCCUGCACCCUGGAGCGCCCGGUCGCCAGCCUCUGCCAGCUCCUCGGUAUCCUUGCGGCCGUGGGCAGCGACUGUCGCGCCUGCCCCACUGUGAGAGGACCAUCCUUGCUGCACUUGCGCAGUAACUCUGGCUGCACAGCAGAGCCCUCGGAUAAUACGGACGCCCCCGCAACAUGGCAGACGAAGACCUCAUCUUCCGCCUGGAAGGUGUUGACGGUGGUGGGUCCUCCCGCGCUGGCCAUAAUGGGGACCCUGACACAGACAGUGACGAUGAUGAGGGCUACUUCAUCUGCCCCAUCACCGAUGACCACAUGUCCAACCAGAAUGUCAGCCCCAAAGUCCAGAGCUACUAUAGCAACCUAAUGAAAACAGAGUGUGGCUCCACAGGGUCACCAGCCGGCUCUUUCCACUUCAAGGAAGCCUGGAAGCAUGCGAUAGAGAAGGCCAAGCACAUGCCUGACCCCUGGGCUGAAUUCCAUCUUGAGGACAUCGCCACAGAACAUGCUACUCGGCACAGGUACAAUGCUGUCACCGGGGAAUGGCUGAAAGACGAGGUUCUGAUCAAGAUGGCGUCUCAGCCCUUCGGCCGUGGAGCAAUGAGGGAGUGCUUCAGGACGAAGAAGCUCUCCAACUUCUUGCAUGCCCAGCAAUGGAAGGGGGCCUCCAACUACGUGGCAAAACGCUACAUCGAGCCAGUGGACAGGAGUGUGUACUUUGAGGAUGUGCAGCUCCAGAUGGAGGCGAAGCUCUGGGGGGAGGAGUACAACCGGCACAAGCCCCCCAAGCAGGUGGAUAUCAUGCAGAUGUGCAUCAUUGAGCUGAAGGACAGACAAGGCCAACCCCUCUUCCACCUGGAGCACUACAUCGAGGGCAAGUACAUCAAGUAUAAUUCCAACUCAGGCUUUGUCCGUGAUGACAACAUCCGACUAACACCACAGGCCUUCAGCCAUUUCACAUUUGAACGUUCUGGUCACCAGCUGAUUGUAGUGGACAUCCAGGGUGUGGGUGACCUUUAUACUGACCCACAGAUCCACACUGAGAAAGGCACUGACUUUGGAGAUGGUAACCUUGGUGUCCGGGGAAUGGCCCUCUUCUUCUAUUCUCAUGCCUGCAACCGUAUUUGCCAGAGCAUGGGCCUUGCGCCCUUUGACCUCUCCCCACGGGAGCAGGAUUCAGUGAAUCAGAGCACCAAGCUAUUGCAAUCAGCCAAGACCAUCUUGAGGGGGACAGAGGAGAAAUGUGGGAGCCCCCGAAUAAGGACACUCUCUGGCAGCCGGCCCCCCUUGCUCCUUCGCCUGUCAGAGAACUCUGGGGAUGAGAACAUUAGUGAUGUGACCUUUGACUCUCUGCCUUCCUCCCCGUCUUCGGCCACACCACACAGCCAGAAGUUGGACCACCUCCAUUGGCCAGUGUUUGGUGACCUCGAUAACAUGGGCCCUAGAGACCAUGACCGCAUGGACAAUCACCGGGACUCUGAGAACAGUGGAGACAGUGGAUACCCAAGCGAGAAGCGAAGUGACCUGGAUGACCCUGAGCCCCGAGAAAACGGCCACUCCAACGGCAACCGAAGGCCUGAAUCUGAUGAGGAUAGCCUGGGCAGCUCUGGACGGGUCUGUGUGGAGACGUGGAACCUGCUCAAUCCCUCACGCCUGCACCUGCCGAGGCCCUCGGCCGUGGCCCUAGAAGUGCAAAGGUUAAAUGCUCUGGACCUUGGAAAGAAAAUCGGGAAGUCUGUUUUGGGGAAGGUCCAUCUGGCCAUGGUGCGUUACCACGAGGGCGGGCGCUUCUGCGAGAAGGAUGAGGAGUGGGAUCGAGAGUCAGCCAUCUUCCACCUGGAGCAUGCAGCUGACCUGGGAGAACUGGAGGCCAUCGUGGGCCUAGGCCUCAUGUACUCUCAGCUGCCCCACCACAUCCUGGCUGAUGUCUCUCUGAAGGAGACAGAAGAGAACAAGACAAAAGGCUUUGAUUACUUACUGAAGGCGGCAGAAGCUGGUGACAGGCAGUCCAUGAUUUUAGUGGCCCGAGCUUUUGACACUGGCCUGAACCUCAGCCCAGACAGGUGUCCAGACUGGUCAGAAGCCUUGCACUGGUACAGCACGGCUCUGGAGAUGACGGACUGCGAUGAAGGCGGGGAGUAUGAUGGGAUACAGGACGAGCCCCAAUAUGCACUGCUGGCCAGGGAGGCGGAGAUGCUGCUCACGGGGGGAUUUGGACUGGACAAGAACCCCCAAAGAUCAGGAGACUUGUACACCCAGGCAGCCGAGGCAGCCAUGGAAGCCAUGAAGGGCAGGCUAGCCAACCAGUACUACGAGAAAGCGGAAGAAGCCUGGGCCCAGAUGGAGGAGUAACUGUCCCACAGGAUCACUGCCAAGAAGAAGGGCUGGGGAGGGGAGGAUGGGACUCAUUUCUUUUGGGAGGGGAAAAGUAGUUUUACUAUUAUAUAAAUUCACUUUUGUAUUCCAUUUUUUUUUGACUCUUGACAGUCUUUGCAACUGGCAGAGACAUUAUAACUGCUCUUUUAGGGGUGGUAUUUUGGGGGGCUGGGGGGUUAAAGAUGCAGCCUAAUGAAUUCCUCCCACCCCUUUUUUUCUUUUUUUGUUCUGAGAUGUAAACAAGUAUCUUUCUGUCUGAAUGAACAGACAGUAUCGGGGCUUCUCUCGCCAGCCUUUGCAGCCAGGACUCGCAUCUCAGGGUCUCCAGGCCGUGUGCUAGGAGUACAAAUGGAGGAGAAUAGAGAGCCUUCUAUUAACUUUUUGUUUUUGAGUUUUGAGAGGGGUGUGCAGUGUAUCUUUCCCCCAGUGGGUAUGAGGUCAUUCACUACCCAGGCUCCUUUGCUCGGGGGGAGAUGGUUGUGGAAGUCUUUCACCUAAUGUCUUUCCACCGGGCACAUGAUUUCUUGACAUCCAUCCAAAUUCCUUUUUUUAUUUUUUAUUUUUUAUUUUUUGACCUGUAUCGACUAUAGAUUUUACAGAACAGGUUUGGCCUUUAUACAUGCAUAUUUACUACCUCUGAGUCCUGCAUCGGUGCAUGUGGAAGCAGAUGAACCUCAAAGCUUUCACAGUAAGACCAUGGGUUAGGAGCUGAGCGAUUUUCCUCCAAACAGAAGUGCCCUCUGCACCCCAUGGCCACAUCCACUAUGGGACUGAAGCAUCCUUGUGCAGAAUUCCAUGGUCGUUUCUUUUUUUCUUUCUUUUUUCCUUCUUCGAGACCGGGUUUCUCUGUAUAACCCUGGCUGUCCUGGAACUCACUCUGUAGACCAGGCUGGCCCCAAACUCAGAAAUCUGCCUGCCUCUGCCUCCCAAGUGCUGGGAUUAAAGGCGUGCGCCACCACUGCCCGGUUCCAUGGUUGUUUCUUAAUGCGAUAUAUCAUGGACUCUCUCAGCCUGCUGUCCCUGGCAUUUUCUGCUUGAAACUAGGUUUUACUUACUUGACACUAGGUCAUCUGCAGCAAGUGGCUUCCAGCUGCAGCCCCUUGGGAUUUGUUUGGGAAUGAGGGGACAAGAGUGUAAACACUGACUGGGUCUGGGCAUUUCCCCAGGGUCAGGCUGGGAUUUUAAUGAGCUUUCUCUUUAAAAGGAGUUCAGAUUUAAUGGGAGUGUGAUUUCAGCCACAGGAAAAUUGCCCACUUUGAUUGACCACCAAUAUUAGAUCUACCACCUCUAUUUUUGUUUAAAAAACAGAACAGCAGAGUGGGACAUGCAAGCCAGUCUCAUCUGUUGGCUAAAACAGGCCUUUUAAGGAUUUCACUGUUGAGUCUGCCCAGUCAAAAACUUGUGGAAGCAUUAAAUUCUGAAGUCUAAAGUGUAUGUCUUUUGAGGAAAAAUCAGAGUCAAUUUAACCUUGUGGGCUGGGAGCCAUGGUAUAUACCUGUAAUCCCAGCAUUCGGGUGGUAGAGGAAGAAGGAUCAAAGUUUGAGGCCAGCCUGGGCUAUAUAAUGAGAUCCUGCCCCAGAAACAAACAAUAAAAAGAGCCAGUAAAGAUGGCUCAGUGGCUGAAGCUCCUCCCGCCCCUCGCCUGACAAUCUGAGUUCUGUUCCUGAGACCCACAUGUGGAAGCAGGGAACAAAUUCCUGCGAGUUGUCUUCUGAUCUUCACCUGUGUGGUGUGUCACAAGGGAGCCCACAAACACACACAACUGUAAGAGAAAUGAAAUAGCAAGAACUACCUUUGAAAACUCCUUUUAUCUACCUGCAAGUUAAAAAUUCCCGGGUUUGCAUUAAAAGCCAUAACAGCC